CUUUUGAAGUGAGCCCAGGAAAGCCGCCAUGGAGCUACAGCACAACACCAACCACAACCAAGCCUUGUGGAAAGAGAUACCGUGGGAUUUCACAGACGAGUGCUCCCUCUCAGUGAGUGGCAACACUUUUCUCAUCAUCGCUUACAGUGCAGUUAUGGCAGUAGGUCUCAUUGGGAACUCUUGCCUGGUGUUUGUCAUCACACGGCACAAGGAGAUGCGCAACGUCACCAACAUCUUCAUCGCCAACCUGUCCUGCUCUGACAUCCUCAUGUGCGUCGUGUGCCUGCCAGUGACUAUUAUUUACACACUGAUGGACCGCUGGAUCCUAGGUGAGGUCCUGUGUAAGCUCACGCCAUUCAUCGAGUGCAUAUCGGUCACCGUUUCCAUCUUCUCCCUCGUCCUCAUCGCCAUGGAGCGCUACCAGCUCAUUGUCCACCCGACAGGAUGGAAGCCCAUGGUGGGCCAGUCCUACAUGGCCGUGGCUGUCACCUGGAUUGUUGCCUGCCUGAUCUCGGCGCCUUUCCUCUCGUACAGCGUACUCGCCUUGCCUUUCCAGAACCUGAGUCUCCCCUUCCCGGUCAGCGACCACCUCGUGUGCAUGGAGCGGUGGCCGUCAGUUAAAGAGCGGCGAGCUUACACCACCUCCCUGCUGGUCUUCCAGUACUUGCUCCCUCUCGCCCUCAUCAUGAUCUGCUACCUGCACGUCUACCUGCGCCUCAGGAGGCGGAAGGACAUGGUGGAGCGCGGCAGGAACACCACUGAAAAGAAAACCAAGGGCGCCACCAGGAUCAACGCCAUGCUGUUCUCCAUAGUGGUGGCGUUUGCCCUCUCCUGGCUUCCUCUCACCGUCUUCAACGCGGUGUUCGACUGGAACCACGAGGCCCUCCCGUCCUGCGGCCAUGACACCAUCUUCUCAGCCUGCCAUCUCACAGCCAUGGCCUCCACCUGCGUCAACCCCAUCAUCUAUGGUUUCCUCAACAGCAAUUUCCAGAAACAGGUGAAGUCUACCCUGUUGCGCUGUCGCUGCUGGGGGGUGACAGAGAGUUACGAGAGCGUCCCGCUCUCCACUGUCAGCACAGAAGUCACCAAGGGGUCAAUCUUGAGCAAUGGGUCUAUGAGCAUGAGCAUUAGGUCAUAAGCCUUUUCAGUGAAAGACAAAGAGACUACUGGGGCUUCUUCAGCCUUCAUCGUUUUUUUUUUUUUGCUUUGCUUUGUUGCGUCCAAAAGCGAGGUUGACAUUUACAAAGUUAUAAACCUCACAGCACAGCAGUCCAGAGAGAGCCCGCUGAAGACACUCAACCAGCAGGGCCAACGCCCUCGCUUCAGUAUGAGUUAGCAUGUAAGAGGAAGUAGAUAACACAUUGAUGGUGCAAAGGUUGGACAAGUUUAAGUAUUGUAGGGCGAGUGAAGGCACUUUACAUGAGCACUUUUACAACUCUGUAUAGUCCAUUCCUCGUGUGCUGUGGGCACAUGAGGAAUCUUCGCAUUUCAUCUGGUAAAUCUGUCAUGUUUUCUUUUCUGAAGCACUGCGAUCUACUCAGAAGUCACGUUUCACUGAAUAUCAGCUUUGUAAGGUUUGCUUUUCACACUGUUACCUGCUUUAAAUGUGAAUU